CCUCCUGCCUACCGUUCUUCCACCCCAUCCCCUCACCCCGGCACGGUGGCCGGACCGCCGGAGCGAACACUCUCGCCGCAGCACGGAAGGAUGAACUCGUCUGCGGUCAUCUUCUGUUGCCUCCCGCCGACCCCCGCUCCGGGAAAGACAUCAAUCCCAAAGAGCAACACAAGAAUCGGACGGAGAGACCUCGUUCUCAGGAGCAGCGAGCUCGCCACCCUCGCCGCCCUCUUCAGCUUCAGUGGCACCAAACCGAGCUAUCUCGGCGUGCAGAAGAGUCCCCCCUCCCUUGCGCUGUGCCCUGCCACUAACAGCUGUGUGUCAACGUCCGAGAAGAUGAGCGAUACGACUCACUACGCACCCCCAUGGAAUUACAACCCCAAGGAUGGCCCCAGGGGUAAACCCAUAAGCAAAGACGAGGCCAUGAAAGAGCUCAUCGAAGUUGUGACGAAGACAAAGCCGGAUAAGUUCACUCCAAAUAUAGUAGAGAAAGGAGACGAUCUCGUAAGCUAAUUUUACAAUGUGUAGAUAGCACUGUAAUUCACUAUGGUUGUCCAUUGCUCCGUGCAGUUUGUAGACGAUGUUGAGUUCUGGUUCCCUCCUGGCAAGAAAUCAAUUGUUGAGUACCGAUCGGCAUCUCGGUCAGGAUUCAAAGACUUCGAUAUCAACAAGAAGAGAGUAAAGGCACUGAGAUUGGAACUGGAAAAGAAGGGCUGGGCUUCAGAAAGCAGCUUCUGAAUAUGAUAUGAACUAGCACACCUGUAAACUGUGCGCCGGAGGAAGGUGCCUAUAUCAGCAUCAGUAUCAUGACCCAUGACUGCUUUUCCCAGCCCAAGCCAUGAGGACCAGCUAGGCGCACUCACUACUCAACAAUGGAAUAGAGUCAAAAGGAACCAUGGGCGCCAUUGGGGAGUCAAACCCAACAAAGUCUAGUGUACCACUACUGCAUUUUUUUUACUGCCUAGUGUACUGCUUAAUUGACCUGUGCAUUUGUGCGAUAGUUAGUAGCUAGCUUUACUCUCAAAAAACUGUUAGUAGCUAGCUUUAAUUCGGUGGUCGAUCAGGCUCCUGUGACAAAAAAAAAUU